CUAUCAUGCUGGACAUAAGAAGUUAGAUAGUGAAAAUACUCAAUUAAUUAUUUAUUAAUUUAAACAGAUUUGGAGAGUGACAAAUAAUUAAAAACAACCAACUCAAAAAAAAUUUAGUGCAUUGCAAAUGUUCCUAAACUACUCUAAGUGUAUAUUUAUAUGAAACAUAAAUGUAUCCCUGGACAUAUGUACAACAGUUUCAUAACAGGAUUUAUUCCUGGUUUAAGUUCUACAGUGUUUAAACACAGCUGGAACGUUUCUCAUUCACCAUCAUCCAGGUCUGGCCUGAAGCUGUUGAUUGCCAGUGGGAUUGAGCGCAAACAAGGAUGUCAUCCUGUGUCAUGAACAAAUAUGUCCAAUUGUGUUGAUCUUGAACUACAGCUAUGAGAAAAGAGCAGCUGUGUGUGAUGAUCUGAUAAGAAAUGUCUUUAAAAUCCCUGUGAUCGGGUCUCUGUCCAGACACUUGUGCGAUAACCUGAGACACAAUGCUGCCACUUCUACUGCUGUUCCUUCUAGACCUCAGUCCUGCUCUGGCCUGGAUUCCAGUGGAGGACUGGGAAUCUGGCAACGUGACUGCAUCAGUAGGUGACUCAGGUCAAUGCGUUUGUCAUGUCUAUCUGCCUGACACCAUGUUCCCUGCUGAUCGGUUGGAGCACAUGCAAGAAGUCAACAAUGAACUGAAGGUGGAAGUGGAAGUCCAGAAGAAAAAGGUACAGUAGAUAUAAAUAUCAGAAUGAUGACUAAAAAAACAUCAUCAUCAUCAUCAUAAUGGUGUUGUUUGGGAUACCACUGCUGCCGACUACAUCAAACUGGACUUUGAGCUGCUCAGGAUUGAGCUCAGAGAAUUUGAGGCUCUGGUGACUCAGCUCAAAGACUCUCUCAACUCAUCCUCACCCAUGUUUGACAGUUUGUAUACUGAGAUUCAAAACAUGACGCUCAUCGUGAACCAACUGGAGACCUAUGACAAGAAGAACCUUGAAGUGAUCCGCAUUGAGUUUGCUAAGCUGCAGAAGAAGCUGGAGGACUGCCAGAAUGACCAGGGAAACAUCAAGCCAGAUAUUGGCAACUGUAAUCACAGUGGAAUCCUGAGCAUCAGCAAACCAAUGGUGGCCCAACUCAAUGCUCACCUGAGUUCAGGUUAUGUUUUUGGGGGCUGGGGAAAGGACUCCAAACCUCUAAGAGGUUAUGAGUCCAUGUACUUCUACGGUGCUCACACAACUCCAAAUGUGUAUGACUUCUACUUUUAUUCUGACUACAAAAAUUUGCUUCUCAGAACUCAAUUUAAACGUAUUAACCUUCCACAUUCAUGGAUAGGUGCCGGUAACAGUUAUGUUGUUCGCAAUCAUGCUGUGUAUUUCCAGCGCAACUCACCUUUCAGUAUGACUAAGCUAAAUUUGACCAGUACCCAAUAUGACUACAGAGUGAUCCCAGCUGCUAGUGCAAGUUUCUCAUACAGUUACUCUGACAAUCAGAACAUUGACUUUGCAGGCGAUGAGCAGGGCCUAUGGGUAAUGUAUGCCUCAGAGGAGAGCAUGGGUAAAAUUAUUCUUGCCAAGGUAGAUGAGAAGUCCUUUGGUAUUGCUGAUGAGUGGAAAACAAACGCCUACAAGCAGCAGACUGGCAAUGCUUUCAUGGCCUGUGGAGUCAUGUACGCCACCAGGUCUGUGGAUCUGACCACAGAGGAAAUCUUUUAUGCCUAUGACACCAGGACAAAGGAGGAGAAAAACCUCAACAUUCGGUUCCAGAAGUUCCAGGAGAAGUACAGCAGCCUGGACUACAACCCAACUGAUCAGAAGCUCUACAUGUACAACAAUGGCUACUAUGUGUCCUACAAUGUGAGGUUCAAUGAAAAGUGAUUCCUUCUUUUUAGUGGUCGACCGUGUUGUGAUUCAUACGACCGAUCUUCUUUGUUUCUGUAGUUCUGUGAAGUAGUCUUGUCCCAUUUUCUGAAUAAAAUCAAACUGAAGCAUU